AUGGAAGUGCGCGAUCUAGCUGUCGGCGGCAGCUUACUCGGAUAUGCCCUGCGACAUCCUCUGGAGGGCCUGUCGAGCUUCGGGCCAACCUUGAACGAAGCUACGUUUGGCCUCCUGGGAUCCUCGUUCAAUCCUGAUCGCGACAUUACCGACAUCGAGGGAAAGACGAUCUUGGUGACUGGAGGCAAUGCCGGUAUAGGCAAAGAAACCAUUCUCCGGCUUGCCAAACAUCGUCCUGCCCGCAUCUACCUUGCCGCACGCACAGAAAGCAAAGCACGCGAUGCCAUCGCGUCAAUCCAGGCCCAGCUCCCCUCCCCAGCUGAUAUUCGUCAUAUUCCGCUCGACUUGGGCUCGUUCAAAUCCAUCCGGGCCGCAGCAGCCCAGUUCCAGGCCGACAGCGAUCGGCUGGACAUCUUGAUCCUCAAUGCAGGGACAAUGGGUAACCCCGCCACAAAAACGGAGGAGGGCUUCGAGGUCCAACUGGGCACCAAUCAUGUGGGCCACUUCUUGUUCGCCAAGCUGCUGCUGCCCGUCUUGCAGAAGACAGUCGCCGCCCAGCGAGCCCGCGGGGUUACACCCGAUGUUCGCGUGGUGACCUUGUCCUCCGUGGCGCACGUUACGAGUCCUCCGACGUUCGAGGGGAUGACUUCGACUCCGGCGCUAUUGGCGGGUAGUACCUGGAACCGUUACGGGGCGUCCAAGGCGGCGAACAUCCUCUUCGCCGCCGAGCUUGCUCGCCGCUAUCCGGAACUCCUCUCGGUCGCGGUGCAUCCCGGUGCGGUCAACAGCGAUCUGUAUGCACAUGCCAAAGCUUCGGGCUCGCUCGCGAAACAUAGUUUGGGGGUUGCAACGAGUUGUUUCUUUCGUAACCCGUCCAGUGGAGCUUGGAACUCUCUCUGGGCUGCCACAACCGCGAGGGCCAAUUUGGUCAAUGGAGCUUAUUAUACCCCUGUGGGGUUCCGGAGCAACGGUUCUGCGUUCGUCCAGAACUCUGCUACUGCCAAACAGCUUUGGGAGUGGACUGAAGCCCAGAUUGAGGAGCGGAGCUAG